AUGGCGGACCUUGUAAAAGAAUUGGCCGUGCCAAUUCAGUUAGCAGACUUUAUUGUGAAGGCAGCAGAUGAGGCAUAUUCCUUUAAACAAGAAUGUCAAGAGCUAAAGAGCAAGGCCGAGAAACUCGCGGCCCUUUUACGCCAAGUUGCACGUACAAGCAAUGUGCCUUACCAGCGUCCAACAUUGAGAAUUGCUCAUGAAACGGAACAAGUUCUUGAUAAAACCUUAACUUUAGUUGUAAAGUGCCGGGGAAAUGGAAUCGUGAAAAGAGUUUUCACUAUUAUCCCAGCUGCAGCAUUCAAAAAAUCAUCAAUGCAGCUUGAGAAUUGUUUAGGAGACGUGUCAUGGCUAUUGAGAGUAUCAGCAUCGGGAGAAGAUCAUGAUGAUGAAUAUCUUGGUCUCCCUCCAAUUGCAGCCAAUGAACCAAUCUUGUGUCUCAUAUGGGAACAAAUUUCCAUUCUUUAUACGGGUUCCUUCGAAGAAAAAUCUGAUGGUGCCGCUUCAUUGGUUUCGCUGGCUCGCGACAAUGAUCGUUACGGGAAGUUGAUUAUAGAGGAAGGUGGAGUCCCUCCUUUAUUGAAACUAGCUAAAGAAGGAGAAAGAGAGGGUCAAGAGAAUGCUGCAAGGGCAAUAGGCUUGUUGGGACGCGACGCUGAAAGCGUCGAACAGAUUGUGAAUGCUGGUGUGUGCGCAGUGUUUGCGAAAAUCCUCAAAGACGGUCACAUGAAGGUUCAAUCUGUGGUGGCUUGGGCGGUGUCGGAAUUGGUUGGAAAUCACCGAAAAUGUCAAGAACAUUUUGCGCAGAACAAUAUUGUUCGAUUUCUUGUUAGUCAUCUUGCGUUUGAAACUGUUCAAGAACAUAGUAAGUACACAAUUUCAACACAUAAACAACCCAUGUCAUCGAUUCAUUCAGUUUUGGUAGCUAGUAAUACUACCAAGGAUCCGAACAAUGAGAAAAAUCAGACGACGGCACAAUAUAGCGAAGAAAAUUUUACCAAAGUAGCUCAUCCUAUGGGGAACCAAGCUCCUAGUUCAAUGUCCAAUUUGGUUAGCGACGUGACUCAGAGUCGCAAACUUCCUAACAAUUCCAAAUCAACCCAACAACAACAAAGGCAUCCAACAAAUCAACACCAGCAAGCUAAUGAUGGCAGGAGAUAUAACAACAACACAAAGCAGCACAAUCAUCAACACCAAGGGCAAGUUUCAUUAGCGGUGAGUAGUAUUCAUAAAGGGAGAGAAAGCGAAAGCCCUGCUCUUAAAGCGGAGAUGAAGGCAAUGGCUGCAAGAGCCCUUUGGCAGCUCUCAAAGGAAAGUCUUACCAUAUGCCGUAACUUAACAGAAUCAAGAGCCCUUUUAUGUUUUGCAGUGUUGUUAGAGAAAGGUCAUGAAGAUGUUCAAUCAUAUUCAGCUAUGGCUUUGGUCGAAAUCACGGCAGUAGCUGAAAAAAAUGCCGAGUUGAGACGCUCAGCUUUCAAGCCCACCUCUCCAGCUGCCAAAGCUGUUGUUGAACAGUUGUUGCACGUAAUAGAAAGGGCCGAUUCAGACCUCCUGAUACCUUGCAUCAAGUGUAUUGGGAACCUUGCGAGGACUUUUCGAGCGACGGAGACAAGGUUUAUCAGACCAUUGGUGAAGCUGCUUGAUGAAAGUGAACCUGAGGUUGCAAUGGAGGCCAUAAUUGCGCUUAACAAGUUUGCAACAACUCAGAAUUUCCUCUGUGAUGUUCACUCGAAAGCCAUUAUCAGUGCAGGAGGCACCAAACAUUUGAUUCAACACGUUUACUUUGGAGAACAAAUGAUUCAAAUUCCUGCAUUGAUGCUCCUAUGCUAUGUUGCAAUGAACGUUCCUGAUAGCGAGACACUUGCAGAAGAAGAGGUGCUAAUAGUACUUGAGUGGUCGUUAAAGCAGGCACAUUUGACUGCAGAACCCUCACUUGAAUCUCUAUUACCAGAAGCAAAUAGUCGGCUGAAACUCUACCAAUCCAGGGGAACAAGAGGGUUCCAUUAAAUAUGCCAUGUAAAACAUCAUUAAGAUUCAUACAUACAAUUUUUGUAUUGUUAAUUUGUUUUCUCCACUCCCUUAAAAAUGUAUAUAAAUUAGUAUUGUUGUGACCACAACCACAAGUGCCUCUAGUAACUCUGCCUUCUUGCAUUAUUUAAAAGUUCUAACCUGGUCUGUUAAUGCUUCAGCUUAUUGUCCA